CACAUCUAGAUAUAUCACAGAUAGAUAGAUAUAAGAGCUCUAUUCAUCAGUUGACUAAUCAUCUGGUUUGGGAUCAUUAACAAAUGUCAGCUGUUAAAAACUUUGUUUCUGGUGUUUUGUGUUUUGUUUUGGUUGAAUAUAUUAAUUAUCGUUGUUACUCUUUUACACAGUGCUUCACUAAUGAUUAUAUUCAUGUUCAUUAUGUGUCACUAAAGGGACUGUAGUCAUGAACGUCCACAGCAGGUUUAAACCUUGUGGUUUCUAAUCUCAUUUCUGCUUCUAGACAUACAGAUGUUAUUAAGGCAUGGCUGAGCUGUUAGUGAGAGAUAAUCGCUGCCCUGUUAAUCAGGACUAUUUACCGAAACAGAUAAAUAUGUACUAAUGGGGCGUAGACUCUUAAAAUUGAUUCACCCAAUAUCGUAACCGUUUCAGCAGAGACUGACUGCUGUCCACUGCGCAUGCACCAUACUGUUCCUCCUUCUGGCCACACCCGCUCCAUCCCACAGAGUUCAGCUGAAGCUGACAUCCCAUAAUAAAAGGUCUAUUGCUGCUACGCUUCCAUUCAAGGUCCACCUAAAGGCUUUAAACAUCCACAACAGACAGAGUAUUCAUUCCCUGAUUGUCUGUUCACAUACUGUGUGUACUGCAGUACUGCGUGUUCUUGCAGUACUGCAGCUCGCCACACGGAGCAGUAUGUUUACCAGAGAGAGAGGAACAGAGAAAGAAAGAGAAAGAGAUGCUUUCCCAACAUGGCUCUGGAUUUGACUGGAGGCUUGAGGAUAGUACUGGUGGGCAAGACUGGAUCGGGAAAGAGUGCUACAGGAAACACCAUCCUCGGAAGAGCCGCCUUCAAGGAGGACCCCAGUCCCGUGUCUGUGACCAAGCACUGUGAGACCCAGAGUGGGGAAGUGGACGGGACUAUGGUCCAGGUGACUGACACUCCGGGCCUGUUUGACACGGCCAUCACAGAAGACGAAUUAAAAACCAGAAUAGAGGAGUGUGUCAAGAUGUCGGUGCCGGGCCCCCACGCCUUCCUGCUGGUGAUCAGGCUGGGCGUCAGGUUCACGGAGGAGGAAAGGAACGCCGUGAAGUGGAUCCAGGACAACUUCGGAGACGACGCGUCCAUGUACACUAUCAUGUUGUUUACCUGCAAAGAUCAGGCGAAAGCCGACAAUGCGUUGAAGGAGUGCAAGGAGCUGCGCAGGCUCUCCAUCACGUUUGGCCGAAGAUACCACGCCUUCAACAACAACGACGCAGACGACCGCCUCCAGGUCACAGAGCUGGUCACCAUGAUCAAGGAAAUGGUACAGGAAAACGGAGGGAAGCACUACACCAACGAGAUGUACGAGAAGGCCCAGAGGAAGCUGAGAGAGGAGGAGGAGAGGAAGAAGCAGGAGGAAGAAGAGAAGAAAAAGGAGGAGAAGGAGAUGUGGGAGGCAGAGAGGGAGAAGAAGGAGAAGGAGAAAGAGCGAGACAAGAGGGUUCGAACGAAGAACGUGCGCGUGGCUUCAGCGGCCGCAGUGCUGCUGGUGUUAGCAGGGGCCAUCAUAGCGGUGGGAGCUAGCACCACGGUGGCUCUGGCUCUGGGAGCGCCCGUGCUCGUCCUGGGAGUCUUAUGCGGUUUGGUCGCUAUUUUUAUAUGGAAGAAGAAAGGCUGCAAGGCUAAAGCAAGCAGUCCAGUAUAACAUGGACAGUGAUUAUUGACAAGGACACGACGACUUUCUGCAGACACCGAAUGUACAGCAGAUGUUUCCCUUAAUCGCUAUUAAAGUCAUCACUUUCUGCCUUUUCUGCUUCCUACAGUAAAUGAAUUAGGUUUGAUCCAAGAUGCAAUAGCAGAAGUAUGUGAAUUUAUAUGCGGUAUGACACAAAGCGCGUUUUCUUUGUGUGUUUGUGUUGAGUUUGAACCUUAAGUAUGAAACCUACUUCAUGAGUUAUACUUGAACAACUUAUAAGCAUUUGCGCUUAUGGCAAAACAGGCUGGUUUUGUGCUACAGAACCCAUUCACAGGGUUUUAACAUUUAGUCUUUUAUAACUUAUGACAGUUCUUUCUUAAAUAAAAUAUUCAUGCAUAUUAAUCACUGCUUCCCACGAGCUGUUCCCUCAUUUUAUUAUUAGCAGCAUUACAAGCCCACUUCCUCAAAGGAAACACGGACAAUGGAAAACAUCUGCUGACCGCUAGGGUUUACGUACGAAACGCUUUAAACAAAGCGAUGCUGUCAGCACAUACCACCCGACAGCAAAACGAGCAGAAACGCUCUGACUUCAUGUAGUCAAAUAAUCGAAUUACAAAUUGCAGUAAAUAAUACUGUAUGUAACGUUAUGGCUGAGGAGUAAUGUUAAAUUAAAAUAAAUUAAAAUUUAUUCUUUAGUACAUGAUGAAUAAAACAAACACAAAAAGUAAAGUAACUUCUUUUGGCUUUAUCCCGUCAGGUGUUGCCAUAGUGACAUUAUGGCAGAUUCCCUGACGCAGUCUUUGCCAAACGGCCAAUCAGACCUACUAAAUAAAUAAUAAUACAUUAGGGAAGAAUACAAUGUCCAAUAUUUAUUGUCUGUUUUUCUUGGUCUAUAUAUAGAAUAUCUGGUUUGGUUACUACUGUAUAUAUAGAACAGAUUAGUUGAUUUCACAUUGAUUGACCUACUGUAAGUUGUUUUUGUAGUGUCAUGAUACAUGUCUGCCCCCGAUGCCCAGGUCGCGGGUUCAAUCACCUCAGAGGGGGGUUGUGUCAGGAAGGGCAUCUGUUGUAAAAACUUGCCAAAUCACUCAUGCGAAUCAUUGGCUGUGGCGACCCCUGGUGGGAUAAGAUGAAAGGACUUACCUUUGUCUGAUACAUGUCUGCUUUCAUUUCAGACAAUGACAAACACACAGUGCAAAUAUGCUCCAGACCUCGUGGAGCCAACGUCCUGAUGCUUUGGAACUCAGGUGUCAGCUGCUUAUCUAGUGGUUCCUUGACUGAACACACCUGAUCAACGUAAGUAGUAGGUGAGGCAGGCUGAGAUGGAAACCAGCAGCCUGAGUCUGACGCACAAUGUUAAACUGGCAUAGCAUCGAACAACAUAAACUGUGCUUUCCCUCCAUAGGUUUAAUUUGUCUUUUACAUAUCAAAUUUAACUUUCAAAGUGUUAACAAGCUGUGUAGUGAAACCUUACAUUUUAAUGGCUCAUCACAGUGCAUCACAUUUUUCAGAGUUAAUAAGCUGUGAUAAAUAUGUAUCUAAUUAUAAAUAUUAUAGCAAAGAAAAGCUGUUACAUUGUAUUUCUAAACAUGAUUUUAUAAGGCAACAAAUGCAAUGAAUACAUGUUGACUUUUAGGGUCACAUCUAGGCAAAAAUUAGCUUUAGUCUUUCUUUGGUUUAGAUUUCAUCCACCCUCCGAUGAACGCAGCCCCUGCUCCUACCAGCAUUACAGUUGCUCGCACUGCUCGCACAGGAGCGGCUACAAUUGUGGCACCUGCUGCUGCUAUCAUCACGUAAUUGCUAACAGUGAUGAUACGGUCUUCCAUCUUUCCCAGCCAUAUUUCCUUCUCCAGCUUUUUCUGGGCCUCUUCAUAUAUGGUGCUUGUAUAAUGGUUCCCAUUGACACUCACUAUCCUGUCAAUGUUUUCAAAGAGAUCAUAAACCUGACUGCGAUUUUCCUUACAGGUGUUGUCAAACUCAACAUACCCUGUUUUACAAUCCCUAAUGAGCUUUAUGAGCUCUGGACUUUUUUCCACAUACGUCUCAACAGAGCUCCCCUUUAGAAUAUCAGCCCUGGUGAAAAGCACCAUUGUGUACUUGGCAGCUUCCUCACCAAAGUUGUCCUUGAGCCACUGAACAGCCUUCCUCUCCUCAUCCGUGAAGCGCACAUCCAGCCUGAUCACAAGCAGGAACACAUGGGGUCCGGGGAGCGACAGCAUGAUACAGUUCUCGAUUUCUUUUUUCAACGUGCUCUCAUCAGUGGACGUAUCAAAGAUCCCAGGGGUGUCAAUAACACUCACAGUCCUUUCAUUGAAGUGGCCUGUUUCCUUUUUGCAUGUCUUU